AUGCAGGCCGAAACUAUUGUCGUUCCCGUCAAAUUCACCAUGGUUUGGACCUGCGGAAGCCAUGGUUGGUAUGCUGGUGACGUCAAAGGUUUUGUUGGGGUCGCCCCGCGUGGAAAAAAUCUGAAAGUAGUCCGGAAUGACCAGGGCGAAGGUUGUCCAUGGGGUUCAUUCGAGUGGCACAUCGAGGGCCCCCGAACUGCUGGGUUCAUCCAGGCUAUGCCUGUUGUUGGACGUAUUCUCAAACAUGCUCCAGUCAUCGGCCUUUAUGGUGGGGGUUGCGUACUCGCUUGGUCAGGCUUUGACGAAACUUGGCUCAAGAACUUUCGUAAAUACACUGAUGAGAACACCAGUACUACACACUGGGUUGAAGCCCCACUUAGUCGCUUUGUCACUCUUGAUCGCAAAUCUGACCCCUCAAAGGUGCAAGUGGCUUUCGCACCUGCUGGUAAUAACAGCUUGUUGAGUCAGUAG